AUGAGGCUCACUGCUCUCGCUCAUGUCACCCUCUCCAUUUCAGCUACCGAGAUCUUCGCUCACCCCGAGAGGCUGACUAAAGAGACUGCAAAACAAGAGGCUGCUCUUGCAGGCCGUUCCACCAACAAAUGCGCUGCCGCUGUUGAGAAACGCAAGGCCGAAAGCAUCACCAAGCGCUCUCAGAGCCUCUACGAGCGCCGUGUUGAGAACGCCCCUAAAACAAUCUUUGGACGCAUUGACGUUCAGACCUGCGAGCCCUUGGGGAGAGCUUCCGCAUCCAUCUGGCACUGUAAUGCUACCGGACUCUAUGCCUUGUCCACUGGCAUCGACCUAGACACUUCAGAGCUGUUUGAUGGCUGGAGAAAGCGUUCCGAUGGUACGACUGACGAUGAGACAUUCCUCCGUGGCGUUCACGUCUCCGACUCGAACGGCAUGAUUGAGUUUUUGACCAAGUUCCCCGGCUACUACGUCUCCCGUUCCACUCAUAUUCACGUUGCCGUUCAGGCCAACGCUUCUCAGGGUGUCUCCCACAGCCAGAGCACCGCACAUCAUGUCGGUCAGCUUUUCUUCGAGGAGGAUCUUUUGUCUCAAGUGUACGCUGCUAGCCCUUACUCUUCCCAUCAAGAGACUCUGAACCGUACGACCAACGAUGAGGACUCUGUUUUGUCUAGCGCUAGCGAGGAUGGCUACAGCCCGUCCAUCAGUAUCUCCCUGCUUGGCGCUAGUAUUGAAGAUGACCUCGUCGGUUACAUUACAAUCGGAGUAGACUCCACUGGCGAAGGCGUUGCGACCACUGGUAACGACGUCAAUCCCCAGGGUUGGAUUCCUACCGUCUCCGUCGGCACGGCAAAGCUGGCACAAGCCACUGCAGCUGACCGCGCUGCUGGCUACACCUCCUAA